AUGGAGUUCCACCUGUUCUUGAGGGUGACCAGGAGUCAGCAGCGAGUUGUUGGCAGCGAGUUGCAGAAUGAAGAAGAGCCAGGAGAAGCAGAGCAGGCUGGAAGCGAUGCUCCCCCUCCUUACAGCAGCAUCUCUGCCGAGAGUGGGGCAUAUUUUGACUACAAAGAUGAGUCUGGGUUUCCGAAGCCCCCGUCUUACAAUGUGGCUACCACACUGCCCAGUUACGAUGAAGCUGAGAGAACCAAGGCUGAAGCCACCAUCCCUCUGGUGCCUGGAAGAGAUGAAGAUUUUGUGGGCCGGGAUGAUUUUGAUGAUGCUGACCAGCUGAGGAUAGGAAAUGAUGGGAUUUUCAUGUUAACGUUUUUCAUGGCAUUCCUCUUUAACUGGAUUGGGUUUUUCCUGUCUUUUUGCCUGACCACCUCGGCUGCAGGAAGGUAUGGGGCCAUUUCAGGAUUUGGUCUCUCACUAAUUAAGUGGAUCCUGAUUGUCAGGUUCUCCACCUAUUUCCCUGGAUACUUUGAUGGCCAGUACUGGCUCUGGUGGGUGUUUCUGGUUCUCGGCUUUCUCCUGUUUCUCAGAGGAUUCAUCAAUUAUGCAAAAGUUCGGAAGAUGCCAGAAACUUUUUCAAAUCUUCCUAGGACCAGAGUUCUCUUUAUUUAUUAAAGAUGUUUUCUGGCAAAGGCCUUCCUGCGUUUAUGAAUUCUCUCCCAAGAAGCCAGAGGACACCUGCAGGAAGUGAAUCAAGAUGCAGAACCCGGGAGAAAUCACCUGCUUUACAAAAAUAAAGAAAGUACUGUCAAAGAAGAUCAUUUCUCUCUAUUUGUUCGUAGGUGUAAAAUUUUAAUAGUGCAGAAUUCUGUAAUCAUUGAAUCAUUAGUGGUGAAUGUUUGAACAAGCUCUCGCAAUCAAGUCUGUGAUGUAUUAGUAAUGCCUUAUAUAUUGUUUGUAGUCAUUUUCAAUAGCAUGAGCCACGUCCCUGUAGUCAGUAGGGGGCAAUCUUGCUUUAUCCGUUCUCCAUCUCAAAAUGAAUUUGGAAUUAACUAUCUUAGUGUAAGAUAUGUAUAAUGCUGGUCAUUUUAAAGGGGUUUUCACAAAAGUUAAACUUUUGUUAUGACUGCAUUUCUGCACAUAGUACCUAUUUGCUGUUAAAGUUAGAAACUUAUUCACUUGUACUGUGAGAACACUGCAAAGCAAAAUCAUAGUGCAAAAUACAUUUAAGGUGUGACCAAAACUAUGUUCUUAAUUGGUAAAUAAGUGUUCCAUUUUUAUAGUCUGUGUUCUCAAUUUUGCGGUACCUUAUUCUGUGGUAUUCUAAGGGAUUCUAAAGAUGUCACUAUAAAAGAAAAAGGACAAGAACACACAUGCAAUUUAAUUACUAAAAUGCAACUCCUGACACUUUAUAUAUGAAUAGAGCCCCUACCCUUUCUUUUCCUUUUCUUUUGUCUCCUGACAGUUAGCAAGGAACCUGCAGUGGGGAGGAGUUUAGGUACUAGGAACAAACAAAGAAUCAGCUUGCAACUUUUGAGACGAUCCCUAACAUACUGUACUACUUGCUUCUACAAUGUGUUAGCAGAAACUGAUGCGUUACAAAUGUACAAUGACGCGCUUUCUUCCAAGUGGUAAUUCACCUUGGUUUGCUAUGUUAAAACUGUAAAUACAACAGAACAUUAAUAAAUGUCUCUUGUGUAGCA